AUGUACAACAAGCAGUACAUGCAGGCAAUUGGCCUAGUGGCUCUUGCUAUCGUGCUGAUGGCGGCGUGCGUGUCCGGAUCUGGCGACCACGACCACACUUCGUGCGCUUGUGCAGCCAAGGAGAUGAGUUUCACCAUCAACUGCACUGCUGAAGGCGAUGUGACCACGGCCUUCAACUACCUGCAGGCCAACUCGUGUGCCAGCAAGUGCGAAAGUGACCAUGCUUGCGAGCGCAACUUCUUCAUCAUCCAGUCGCACCAUGACCAUUGCCUCACGAUUCCGGACGCAGUGGCCAAGGGCAUCCACAACUACGAGGCUGCGUGCCACUCGUGCACGAUCAAGCGCCAGUACAGCGCUUCGCUCCCAGCAUGUACCCAGCCGACGUGCUCGAUGAAGGCUCCGGCGACCGACGCCUUUGCCGCGCUCCAGGCUAACAACUGCACGACCAGCUGCGCGUCGACCGCGUGCAGCUCGGCGUUCAAGACCAUCCGCGCCUACCACGACAUGUGCGACGAGGACGAUCUCGCCCAGUCUGUCGAGGAGGGCAUCCACGACUUUGAGGACGCGUGCGCGGCGUACGACUGCAACACCUCGUCGGGGCCGUUUGUCCCUACCUGUGAGUCCACCACCUCGGCCGCGGCUGCUUCGGUCGCCUCGGUCGCCCACGUUGGCUUUGCCGCUCUCGUUGCGCUUGCUGUCACGUUUUUGUGA